AUGACAACACCAGACACACAGGUCCUUGACCCUGGGGUUGCGGGGCCAGAAGGAUUGCCAGAUAAGAAUCAUAUUUCGACCGAAACAAAUCCAACCGAUGAUCGCGAUGAACAGCAGGCAAGGGAGGCUGCAAAGCUGAGGCCUGAGCGAGAAGCCAAGUUUAGCGAUUAUUACCGCAUCUUCUCUUACGCAAAAACAUGGGAUUAUCCGCUCAUGGCCCUGGCGGGCUUUGCCUCUAUAGCGGCAGGUGUCACGAUGCCUCUGAUGAAUGUGGUAUUCGGCGCCCUCACCACCGACUUUGUAUCGUAUUUCAGUACGACUGGUUCUGCAGUCUCCCAAGCCGCAUUCGAGUCUGCGCUUAAUCGAAAUGCGCUCUAUAUCUUUGCUCUCUUCAUUGCCAAAUUCGGCCUGACCUACAUGACCAAGUUUUCUUUCCGUAUCAUAGGUAUCCGCAUGUCAGCUGCCAUUAGAUUACACUAUCUCCAGAGUCUCUUUGGACAAACGAUUCAUGUCCUCGAUUCCAUGCCGCCCGGAGCCGCCGCAGGCACCAUUACGACAACCGCGAAUACAUUGCAGCUUGGAAUCUCCGAGAAACUGGCUACUUUCCUCGAGUUCUUGGCCACUAUUGUGGCAGCCAUCAUCGUGGCGUUUAUCAAGAGCUGGUCCUUGACUCUCGUGACUGGCUCCGUCAUUAUCUUCAUCAUGCUGGUGAUUAGUGUUCUCCUUCCCUUUAUUCUUAAGGGCCAGUCGCGUCAGACAGCUGCCGAGACCAAGUCGUCGUCUGUCGCCAGCGAAGCCUUUAGCAGUAUACGCAUGGUUAUGGCUUGCGGUGCCGAGACGCAGACCACCAAGCGCUUUGCCGUCUGGGCCGACGCCGCCCAAAAGCACGGCCAGAGGACUUCUCCCGUCAUGGCUCUGCAGUUUGGCCUCAUCUUCUUUGGCCUGUUUGGAUCCUUUGGGUUGUCCUUUUGGUACGGCACCAAGUCCGUCACGGAGCACCGCGUGGCCAACGUGGGCGAUAUUGUAGUCGUCCUCAUGUCCGUCAUGAUGAUGGUCAUCUCCCUCGAGCGCAUGUCGACCCCCUUGAUCGCCGUCGGGAAAGCCAUGGUGGCCGCGUGCGAGUUCUUUGUCGUCAUUGACGCGCCACGCCCGUACCGUGGCAAGCUCAAGGAUCCCGAGGUCUCUGCGACCGACGACAUCAUCUUCCAAGACGUGGAUUUUGCGUAUCCAAGUCGGCCCCACGUCAAGGUGCUCGACGGACUGAACCUGACCCUCGAAGCCGGAAAACUCACGGCCAUUGUAGGUCCUUCUGGGAGCGGCAAAUCCACCAUUGUCGGACUGAUUGAGCGGUGGUACACCCUCGACGAUCAAUACACCAUUGCCAAAGCUAUAGACACCUCAAAGGAAAAGGCCAAGCAAAAGAAAAAGGCAAAGGGCCAGACUGACGAUGAUGAAGUCAAUGAGGAUGGUAACAAACUGACCAGCGAUGAAGAAUCUGGGCCUCCAGUCGAGCUCAAGGGCUCAAUUUCUACCUCUGGACAGGAGCUCAAAGAUAUCGAGCUCAAGUGGUGGCGAUCGCAAAUUGGUCUCGUUCAACAAGAGCCCUUUCUGUUCAACGAUUCGAUAUACAAGAAUGUGGCAUAUGGCCUGAUUGGGUCCAAGUUUGAAAACGAAAGCGAAGAGCGGAAGAAGGAGCUGGUCAUCGAGGCUUGCAAAGAAGCCUUUGCGGAUGAGUUCAUUGACCGUUUGCCAGAUGGAUACGACACAAUGGUGGGCGAUUCCGGAACAAAGCUCUCGGGUGGCCAGCGUCAACGCAUCAGUAUUGCCCGGGCCGUCAUCAAGAAGCCCAAGAUCUUGAUUCUGGAUGAGGCCACCUCGGCCAUUGACGUUCGGGGUGAACGCAUCGUGCAGGCGGCGCUUGACAAGGUCUCGCAAGGCCGAACGACGGUGACGAUAGCCCAUCGCCUUUCAACCAUCAAAAAGGCAGAUGCCAUCGUGGUACUCCAAAAGGGGCGCGUUGUCGAACGUGGAACUCAUGAAGGUCUACUUCAGAAUGAGAAGGGUGUCUACUAUGGACUUGUACACGCCCAGCAGCUUUCACUCGGCGAGCCCACAGAGGCUGCCGACUCGGAAGCUCCAGAAGAAGAGGAUCUCGGCGCCGUCUUGAGCCGCGAAAAGAGUGCAGCCGUAUCGGAUCACGAUGACGUGCUACAAAAGACUGGCUAUCAGCGCCAGGGACUCAUUAAGAGUUUUGGCCGAUUACUGUACGAGCAAAGGGAUCGCUUCGUAUCCUAUGCCUUGAUCAUCUUCUUCUCCAUGUGCACGGCAGUGUCAUCUCCCCUCCAGGCCUACCUCUUUGCUCAGAUUGUCGUCAUUUUUCAAUACGAUCCGCAGUCCGCGCGGUUCCGGGACGAAGCCAACUUUUGGUCACUCAUGUGGUUCGUCUUGGCUAUUUGCAUUGGCUUCUCCUAUUUUGUCGUAGGUUUCGUCUCCACGCACUUGGCACACUACAUCUCGGCCACGUACAGGAAACAGUAUUUUGAGAAUCUUCUUUAUCAAAAGACGGACUUUUUCGACGACGAGGAUAACUCGACGGGUACCCUCACUGCUCGCGUGGGCGGCGACCCAAAGCAGCUGGAGGAGAUGCUGGGCAUGAACAUGGCCUUGGUAUACAACUCCAUCUUUACCGUCAUUGGCUCCUUGUCCAUUGCCUUUGCCUUUGGCUGGAAGCUGGCGCUUGUGGCUCUAUGUGUCACGAUGCCGCUGGGUCUCUCUGCUGGAUACUUUCGCCUCAAGUAUGAGCUCGAGUUUGAAAAGAUGUACGGUGCCGUGUUUGCCGAGAGCAGCAAGUUUGCCGCCGAGGCCAUCAGUGCCUUUAGAACAGUCUCAUCAAUGACUUUGGAGGACACCAUUGCCGAGAGAUACAACAGACUCCUCAACGGGCACGUGGGCUCUGCCUUCAAAAAGGCUCGGUGGACUACACUAAUCUUUGCCCUGUCCGAUAGCAUCAGUCUCGGAUGCCAAGCCCUCAUCUUCUGGUACGGCGGUCGACUCAUGGCCACGCGUGAGUAUGAUCCCAUGCAAUUUUUCGUGUGCUACAUGGCCGUCAUCCAGGGCGCCGAGUCCGCCGGCCAAGGCUUCAGCUUCGGGCCCAAUGCUGCGCAAGCCUCGGCGGCUGCCAAUCGGAUCUUGAGCGUUCGCGAACUGCGCGGCAACAAGGACGACCCCCAAAGCACGACACCAGCCAGCAUCCCUGACCCCGAGGGUGGCAUCAAGAUCGAGCUCCGUGAUGUUCAUUUCAAAUACCCGACACGCAACGUGUCCAUCUUCAAGGGCCUCAACCUGACUAUCGAAAAGGGCCAGUUUGCGGCCCUGGUGGGCGCCUCAGGCUGCGGCAAGACAUCCAUCGUGUCCCUGCUGGAACGCUUCUACGAACCCAAAAGCGGGCAGAUCCUCGCCAACGGCACCGACGUGAGCCAGCUCAACGUGUACCAGUACCGCCGACACCUCUCGCUCGUGGCGCAAGAGCCCAACAUAUUCCAGGGCACGCUGCGCGAGAACAUCUUGCUGGGCGUGGACAGCGCGAAGAUCACCGACGCCCAACUCCACGCCGCGUGCCGCGACGCCAGCAUCCACGACUUCAUCACGUCGCUGCCCGAGGGCUACGAGACCCAGGUCGGCUCGCGCGGCGUGAGCCUAUCGGGCGGCCAAAAGCAGCGCGUCUCGAUUGCGCGGGCCCUCAUCCGCCAGCCGCACGUCCUGCUGCUCGACGAGGCCACCAGCUCGCUCGACUCGGAGAGCGAGAGGCUGGUGCAGGCGGCGUUUGAGCGCGCUGCUAACGGGCGCACCAUGGUUGUGGUGGCGCAUCGUCUGGCUACCGUCCAGAAUGCCGAUGUUAUCUUUGUUCUCGGCGAGGGCCGUGUCCUGGAAAGGGGAAAUCACCAGGAACUGCUUAGGAAGAAGGGUGUUUACUGGCACAUGUGCCAAAGUCAAGCCCUUGACCGGUAG